CUUCAAAGUUCCGUAAAAAAAGCCAACCAAUUUAUCGCGCGUCAAUACAUGAUUGGCUAUAUAAUAUCCUACUGCAAUGAUCAUCUAUUACAUGAAACCUACUCUACAAUAACCAUCAUUAAAAUAGAAGAAGACAGUAGCACAUAAAAUCAUAAUUCCACCAUCCUAACAAAUUCACAUCGGACUUCACCAUAUCGGAGAUUAAGGUCACCCCUGUCUGCACCUCUCCACUCCACUCCACAACGGAAUAUUCUAAUUUAAAACGGAAUUUCAAAAAAUGAGUUCGCCAUCUGGAGGAGAGGAUUCUAAAGACGACGAAAAAGAUGAGGAAUCAAACCGUCUGUUGCCGUUAUCAUCCUCAUCACAAUCUCAAUCGUUACAAAGCGAGAAUUAUUCCGAUGAAGUAGCAUUCGAAGCGCGAGAGAAAAUCGUGAUCGUUGACGUGGAAGGACCACACUCAAUAGACGCCGUUGAUUAUGUCCCACCAUUCUCAUGGAGAAAACUCUGGCUAUUCACAGGACCUGGGUUCUUAAUGAGCAUAGCGUUUUUAGAUCCAGGGAAUUUAGAAGGGGAUCUUCAGGCAGGGGCGAUUGCUGGGUACUCGUUGUUAUGGCUCUUACUGUGGGCAACAGUCAUGGGGUUGUUGAUCCAGAUGUUGUCAGCUCGUGUUGGGGUCGCGACGGGGCGGCACUUGGCGGAGUUGUGUAGAGAUGAGUAUUCGAAUUGGGCUAGGUAUAUUUUGUGGUUUAUGGCGGAGGUGGCACUUAUUGGUGCUGAUAUACAGGAGGUUAUUGGGAGUGCUAUUGCUAUUCAGAUUUUGAGUAAUGGGUUCUUGCCUCUUUGGGCCGGAGUUCUAAUUACGGCAUCGGAUUGUUUCAUGUUUUUAUUUCUAGAGAAUUAUGGAGUAAGGAAGUUAGAAGGUGUUUUUGCGGUUCUGAUUGCGACAAUGGCUUUAUCAUUUGCCUGGAUGUGUGGUGAUGCCAAGCCAAGUGGAAAAGAACUUUUAAAGGGUAUUUUAAUUCCAAGACUUGGUUCAAAGACAAUUCGACAAGCUGUGGGUGUGGUGGGUUGUGUCAUAAUGCCGCACAAUGUGUUCUUACAUUCUGCUUUGGUACAGUCUAGAAAGAUCGAUCCUCAGAAGAAAGCCCGGGUGCAAGAGGCACUGACUUACUAUUCAAUUGAGUCCUCAGUAGCUCUUUUUGUCUCUUUUAUGAUAAAUUUGUUCGUUACAACCGUGUUUGCUAAGGGGUUUUAUGGUACUCCACAAGCCAGUAGUAUAGGACUAGUUAAUGCAGGGCAGUAUCUUGAGGAGAAGUACGGUGGAGGACUCUUUCCAAUUCUUUAUAUCUGGGGUAUUGGCUUGUUGGCUGCUGGACAAAGUAGUACAAUAACUGGCACCUAUGCUGGGCAAUUUAUCAUGGGAGGUUUUCUCAACCUGCGUUUAAAGAAAUGGACGAGGGCAUUGAUAACACGGAGUUUUGCUAUUAUCCCAACUAUUAUUGUUGCCAUCAUUUUCAACACAUCUGAAGCUUCUUUGGAUAUUCUGAAUGAGUGGCUUAAUGUGCUCCAGUCGAUGCAGAUUCCUUUCGCACUUAUCCCUCUUCUGACCUUGGUAGCCAAGGAGCAGGUCAUGGGGGUAUUUAAAAUCGGGCCUGUUCUUGAGAGACUGGCGUGGACUAUUGCUGUCCUGGUUAUCCUGAUCAAUGGGUAUCUUUUGAUUGAUUUCUUUAUAUCUGAAGUUAAGGGCUUGCUCUUUGGCUUUCUGAUCGGAAGUGGCACGGUUGCAUAUGUAUCAUUUAUCAUUUAUCUUGUUUCUCGUUGCGGUACAAGUCCUUCUAAUGGGCUCAGCUUAGAACUAUCGGAGAGGAUUACUUGCAAUGGAAAUUGAGUUGGUGCAGUUUGCAGAAACCUCAGACCAUUAGAAUAAUGACAGUCAUUCAGAGGCUGCCAUGCGAUAUAUAUUAUAUGACACAUUGAGAUUCUUUCAACAAGUAAAAUUCACAUUUAUGUUUGGAAUCACUAACCUUGGUGCAUACAUAAAGCAAGUGUACAAUGUCAAACAAUCAAUGUAGCAGGUCCCCUCAACAAUUUCGCUCAAAGAAGCCGGAUGGUCAUGUUCCUAUCAUCAACCACGUAAGAACAUUCUUUUCUCUGUUUUGGUGGUUGAAGGACCACAGUUUUAGCAAGAAGAUACGUUGAUAAGCGUGCCUUGUUUACCCCUACGAAAUUCUAGGAUGAGCUUGUUAGUUUAUUUUUUUGACGUGACAGUUUAUCUUGUACGAUAGUCAACCUAGCACUGUCGGUUCCUGGAAGGAACUAAUAAAUACAACAGAAUGAGUUGAUCCUUUUUUGACCUGUA